UCUCCUUGAACGAUGACUACACCUGCCGCGUCCAGCUCAGGGCCUGCAGUCAACAGGCAUGCUAUGACCGCCAUCGAAAAGCAGCGUAUGCAGCUGGACAAGCUACUCAAAGAUCCCACAAAGGCCGCAUAUGUUCCUCCGCCUCCGAAGGAAAAAACAAUUCGUCCAGCCCGAGAAAUGAUGAAGAACGUGCAGGGGUCCAGCGCCGGAGCAGGAAGUGGAGAGUUCCACGUCUACAAGGCCAGUAGGCGGCGGGAAUAUGAAAGACUAAAGCUCCUUGAAGAAACCGUGCAGAAAGAAACAGAUGAAGCAAAUUUUGAGAGACGACGACGAGAGGCUGAGGCGGUAACGGCGGCUAAGACUGCUAAAAACCGUGCGAAGCGGCAGAAAAAGAAGGAGAGGUCAAAGACGCAUGGGGCUCCAAGGACGGAAUCACCGGGAAAAGGUGGGGACGACGUUGCCAACGACGUGCCCAUAAAGAAGCGGCGGCUCGUCAAUGGGAAGGAACUGGUAUUUCGGAAGCCAGGCAAAGACAGCGACGAAGACAGCGAUGAUACUGGGCCCGUCCCAGAGCGAGAGCCCCAGGACGUCUCACAGGAUGUCCCUUUAAGUUUGCCACAGGUACUAGACGGCCCCAAGAUCACGAUACAUGAAGAUGACUGAUUCUGUACGUCGCCUUUGACGGAUUGCAUCCAGCUCGCCGUUAUCGACUAUUGUAUGUUAUGUUAUGGUUGAAACAUCUCGUGCCAAAUUUUAAGAAUGUCAUUGUCAACAACAAACUAUCUAGAGAAUGUGAAAUGGAUUAUUGAAAAUGGCAUUGGACGCGGAUAGGAUGUAG